AUGGAGAAGAGACUAAACUGUUCUAGUCACAAGGUGGUUCCUGUAGAACAAGCAGUCAGUGACCUGAAGGACCAGCUGAGAUCUGACUUAGAGUCUCUGCAGGACAAGAGGGACAAACACAAACAAGUGGAGAAAACAUACAAUGAAAUGAUUCAACACUCCAAGAAGCAGCUGUUGUCCACAGAGAGGCAGAUCAGAGCAGAGUUCAACAAGCUCCACCAGUUCCUGAAAGAGGAAGAGGAGUCCAGACUGGCAGCUCUGAGGGAGGAAGAGGAGCAGAAGGGGAAGACCAUCAGCAGAGAGAUGAAGAUGAUUCAGGAGCAGAUCUCCUCUCUGUCAGACAGUAUCUCUGCUGUUGAAGAAGACCUGCAGAAACACAAGGUGUCAUUCCUCAGCAGUUAUAAAGCCACUCAGACCAGAGCCAGAGUCCAGUGCUCACUGUCAGAUCCACAGCUGGUCUCAGGAGCGCUGAUAGAUGUGGCCAAACACCUGGGCAACCUGUCCUUCAGAGUCUGGGAGAAGAUGAAGGACAAGGUCCACUUCAGUCCUGUCAUUCUGGACCCAAACACUGGAAACCGCUGGCUCUAUCUGUUUGAUGAUCUGACCAGUGUGAGAAAUGGAGACACAAACCAGCAUCUUCCUGACAAUCCAGAGAGAAACACUAAUUAUGCCAAUGUUCUGGGCUCUGAGGGCUUCAGCUCAGGGAAACACAGCUGGGAGGUGGAGGUGGGAGACCAUCCUGACUGGAAUGUAGGUUUGGCUAAAGAGUCAGUUGACAGGAAGGGAAAGCGAUCUGCCACACCAAAAUAUGGAGUCUGGUGUUUAUCACAUCGCAGUGGAAAAUACACUAAUGGAGCUGGUGAGACUGUCAGAGUGAAGAAGAGUCUCCAGAGGAUCAGAGUCCAGCUGGACUAUGACAGGGGGGAGGUGUCCUUCUACGACCCUGAAGACAUGACUCACAUCUACACUCACAGAGACACUUUCACUGAGAAACUCUUCCCAUAUUUUUUUAUUGGAGAGGCUGGUGAUGCUAAAACUGCUGAUAUCAAAAUCUGUCCAACUGAUAUUUCUCUGUGA